AUGACCUUAUCUCCCGCUCAUUUUACUUACCUGUUCACAAUAUUGUUGGGAUUAACUAAUAUUGCCUUGGCAUCUGAUCCAGAAACGGUUUUAGUGACAGUAACCAAGACCAACGAUGCAAACGGGAUUGUUACAACUACAGUUUCGCCCGCACUGGUCUCCACAUCCACCGUUGUUCAAGCAGAUACUACAACCUUGUACACAACUUGGUGUCCACUGACGGUAUCCACCGCGAAUGCCGUCGCAAUAUCCCCUUCAAUAUCGUAUGCUACAACCUUAUCCAGAUUUAGUACAUUGACACUAUCUACAGAAGUUUGCUCACAUGAGGCAUGUCCUUCGUCAUCGACGCUACCAACUACCACCUUAUCUGUGACAUCCAAGUUCACUUCAUAUCUUUGCCCUACUUGUCACACAAGCGCUAUCAGCUCAUCGCACAAGGGAGAAACUACAACUGUGACAUCAUCCAGCGUUGUUACAUCGUCAACAAGUACCUCCACAAUCUCACCUAGCACCACAACUUCUUCGAGUACAAUUAUUACUUCUACUGCCCAAACAUCAUCUACUUCACCAAGUUCGACAUCUACUUCCCCAAGUUCAACUUCUACCUCUACAACUUCAACAUCUACUUCUACGACUUCAACCUCCACCUCCACAACUUCAACAUCUACUUCUCCAAGUUCGACAUUUACUCCUCCAAGUUCGACAUCUACUUCCCCAAGUUCAACUUCUACCUCCACAACUUCAACAUCUACUUCUACGACUUCAACCUCUACCUCCACAGCUUCAACAUCUACUUCUCCAAGUUCAACAUUUACUCCUCCAAGUUCGACAUCUACUUCUCCAAGUUCACCCUCUACCUCCACAACUUCAACAUCCACAUCCCCAAGCCUAAGUUCCUCUAGUUCAACGCCUACCACUUCAACAUCUAUUAGUUCCAUUGUUGUUGAUUCAACUCCAUCUUUUGUCUCCUCCAUGGCACCAUCAUCAACGCCAGUAUCAUCAUAUAGUCCAUCUACAUCUUUUUCCUCCGUUUCUUCGACUUCACCACAUGUUGUCAUUCCUUCUACUACUUCCUCGGCUGUAGAAACUACUAUCAAUUCCCAAAGUUCGUCUGAGUAUACCAGUAAAUCCUCAAUCUCUACUGUUAUCCCAUCAUUUUCCAUGUCCACAUAUUUCACGACUGUUAGUGGUGUUACUACAAUGUAUACGACAUGGUGUCCAUAUACUUCUGGAUCUGAGGCUACCACAUUAACUAAGGUGCGUGAAACAACUGCCACAGAUACUAAAGUCUGUACUCACGAGUCUUGCAUGCGCUCUCAAACUGCAAGUUCCAUCAUAUCUUCUAAAAAAAUCAUGUCCACAACAAACGUCGCAACUUCUGUAGCCACCUCUACGGUUGAAUCAUCAUAUGUAUGCUCUACAUGCACUAAAACAUUGGGCUCAUACUCCUCAGCGCAACCAACUUCAGCAAAUUCUGUAACACAAGAAAUUACAUCCACGGAAAAUUGGUCAAGUUCAACAACAGCUUCAGACGAAGAUUACAAUAAGCAUGCUACCGGUAAAUUUCAUCCAACCUCUCCAGGUACCUCACUUAUUUCAUCUAGCACAAGUCAAGUAACGAGUACACCAAGCAUUGACUCAGAAUCUCAAGAACAACCAUCAUCUUUAUCACCGACAUCUGUUCCUUUAUCUUCCUCCUUUGAUGCUACAUUAUCCUCAGGCAGUACUGCAUUACUAUCCAAUUCUGUACCAUCAUCAAGUGUCGAGAAUUCACCAAUUACCACACUUCAAAUUUCUUCAUCAUCAGAGGUUUCCCCAUCCACCUCUUCCUCAGCUAUCGCUACACCAUCUACCCCUACAUCACCAAUGGUUUCGCAAUCCACUUAUUUCUCAGCUACUGCUACACCAUCGACUCCUACAUCUUCUGCUUUCACGACAUCUACCUUUACAGAGUCUAUCGUUGAAUCUUUAUUGACUUCCAUGGUAUCUUCCAUUUCUUUGUCAUCGUCACCUGCUUCCUCUUCAUUACAAAAUUCUGCUACUACAACACGAGUUUCCUCUAGUUCAAUAUCCAUGCAAUACCAAACUUCAUCAAUGAUAACGAUUAACCAAUACGUGGGCAGUGGAUCGCAAACCCAUUUGCCAUUAGAUAAGUUGAUCUUUGCCAUCGUGGCAGUUGCUUGCAAUGCGAUUUUUUAA